GUUUAGGAAGUGGAUCGAGAGUUGAUAGACACAAAACUAGGAGCUAGCAUUUGUUGGAGGCUGGUGUUACCUGUAGCCAGAACACUACUUCUGCUUAGCUUCAUAAUUGAUUGGCAAGGCACGUGACGUUACGGGCAUAAUCAGCACAGCAGACGAACCUACACAGAAUGGUACAGAGCCGACAGAAAUGACAUGCUCGCUGACGAUCCAUGUAAACAACCCGUAUCAUUCCUCGGCGAGGGAGUAUAGUGCUAAACAAAUCCAAUGGAUUUGAUGACAGGUUUUUAAGAUGACAUUGGCUAUUAUUGAGUAAAGAGUUCUUUUAGAGGAAGCAACAGCUUUAUAUAUGAAGAUUAUAGACUCGAAUUAACACAACCGCCUUGCGUUUAGCAAUAUUAGAUAUAUUUGAAUUCCAAUACUAAUCCAGUUACCAUAUACUUUGGCAAUCAGCUGUUGGCACCCGUUAUCCAUACCGAGAGCAGUGCUGCGACAACAACCUUUCUUAAAACGACAUUAUUUGGCAAGGACAAUGGAUCGACGAAAAAGAAAAGGAUGGGGAAAGAAUUAAUGGUGUUGGUGUGCAGGAGACCGUGACCAUGACCCCACCCAGCCCCGGGGUGGAAGUUCAUUCCCGUCUAUAGGGCUCUAUCAGCCCUUCCUUCAAAUCCUAUUGCUCAGAAAACUCCUAGCAGCCGUGAUGGGAGCCGCCAAUUCUAGUAGGAAAGAUUCCUUCGAUGCUCAGGGUGAAGUUAACUUCGACCAUUUUCAAAUUCUCCGAGCCAUUGGAAAAGGAAGUUUUGGAAAGGUGUGUAUAGUGCAGAAAAAGGACAGUAAGAAGAUGUAUGCCAUGAAGUAUAUGAACAAGUCGAUGUGUAUAAAGAAAGACGCAGUGCGGAAUGUGUUCCGUGAGGUCGAGAUCCUGAUGGCGUUGGAUCAUCCAUUCCUCGUUAACUUAUGGUUCACCUUUCAGGAUGAGGAGGACAUGUUUGUUGUUGUGGAUCUGUUACUAGGGGGUGACCUUCGUUACCAUAUACAACAGGAAGUACACUUUGACGAGUCACAUGUGAAAUUGUACAUCUGUGAGUUAGCUCUGGCCUUGGAUUAUCUACAGACAUACAACAUAAUUCAUAGGGACAUCAAGCCUGACAACAUACUCCUGGAUGAAGAAGGUCAUGUCCAUAUAACAGAUUUCAACAUAGCCACAGUCCUGAGUGAUGGUCAGUUGGCCACCUCUAUGUCCGGCACCACUCCAUAUAUGGCCCCAGAGGUGUUUGCUUGCGCGCUGGAUGAGUGUACAGGUUACAGUUUUGCAGUGGAUUGGUGGUCACUUGGCAUUUGUGCUUAUGAAAUGCUAAAAGGAAGGCGACCAUAUGAGAUCCACAACAGUACCUCUAUACACGAAGUCAAACAGAUGUUCACCAGCCUCAAAAUACACUUCAACUCCAUCUGGACUGAUGGACUCAAGGAUGUACUCAAACAGUUACUCUACCUUGAUCCCAACAAAAGAGUUUCCAGUUUGGAGAUGUUAAAGAAACACAUGUAUGUGUGUGAUGUGGAUUUCUCCAAAGUGCUCACCCGCGACAUCAAACCUUCUUUUGUGCCUUCCAAAGACCAUCUAAACUGUGAUCCUACAUAUGAACUUGAGGAGAUGAUUAUCGAGUCAAAACCUCUUCACAAAAAGAAGAAACGAUUAGCUAAACAGAAUUCCAGGCGCAGUGAGAGUGGCUGUUCCACGGAAGGAGAUUUAUCACAAGAUGGAGAAGAAGAAAUCUACAAAUAUUUCCCAAUAUAUAAUCGGGAAAGAGAUAUAAUGAAUAUCAUGAAACUGAACAUAGGAGAGGAUACGUCUAAGGUCAAGAUCAACAGUUGUUUUGACAGUCAAGGAGAGGGUGUCAAAGUGGACCACCUGACUCACGUCACCCCUCUCCAGGAGGACAGUCUAGUGGAAGAGGAAGAAGGUGACAUUUCUGACGAGGAUACCGGCCCUCCACCCUCGCUAAUUAAUUAUGGCCUGUCACCACGGAAUAGUGAUGGAUUUGGUUGCAGCUUUGUGUCCUCAAAUCUGCCUGCCACUGACAAGAGAGAAGUGUAUCGUGGUGUUCGAGCACGCUCCCUAGAUUAUUAUCAUGGGCCAGUGCCUAGACGAGAUAUGGGGCGAAAGUUCUCCCACCAGCCCACUUCCUCAAGCUGACAAAAAGGGAGAUAACUUAUAUUCCAACUGGUCAGCAUAUACCAGGAAAUAUUAAUUCAAAUCUGCUAGAGAUUUUUUGGUCUGUGAUUUUUUAAUAAUAUGAAAGCUUGAAUAAAAAGGUGUAAAAUCUAGGAUUUUAAAAUUCAAAUAAUUAAUGUAAUCAGAACAUAUGUACUAUGAAUAUGGAGGGAGCUAGUAAUUUGUACAAGAAUGAAAUACAAAUAUCUCCAUGCGAUUACUGGGUAUAUCUGUUACUAUGGAAACAAUGAAAAGGCUAAGUGAUAUCUGCUGUUAUGAUAACUAUAUGCCACUAUAUCUAUAAGCCUUUUACUCAUUAGAGAGUGUCAAUACAAUGUACACACUUCAUUGAAUUUAAUUUUGUACAGUUGGAAUUUAUAUUGUCUAUAAAUGCCACUACAAACAAUCCAAGGCUGAGGUAGAACUUACAAGAAUAAUGGAGUAAGUUUUAGCCUUUACGUGAAAUUUUUGUUGGUGUAGUUUGAAGAGCACAGAGAGUUUUCAUGUUGGAGAUUCAGAUAAUCAAAUCUUGGUGGAACUUCUGUAUGACCUCACCACUGAUACCAUGUGUUUAACUUUUCAGCCUGGACAAGUUACUUAAAAGGGUCACAUCUGGAUGUGGAACUAUCUAUUUAUUGUAGGAUUUUCGAGGAUAAUUCUAGUACCUGUAUUAUCAUCCUCUGCAUAGCUGUUUAGAAGGAAGAUACUACCAACAGAAUGUACGGUAUGACUAUGGAUUGCCACAUCUACAAAAAUCCACUUACCAUAAGAGUUGAUUUUUGUUUUCAGAUUCAAGUAAUGCAUUGAAGAUGACAAUAACAUUCCCAAAAAAUGCCUCUUCCACAAAUACUUUAAAUUCCCUAGAUUCAGAAAUGUUGAUAAUACACAUGUGUCUAAUCCUGAGUGUACUCAAGCUUUAACUAAAGACAGCUCCAAAGAUGCUCUGAAUAUAGCAGUUUUACUUCCUGUACAGAAAUUCUCUCUCUCUGUAUUAUAUUAAGACAAAGAUGAUUUUAUUGACUUGCUUGAGUUCAGUUUUGUUUUUCAUGUGUAGGGUUAUAUUUUUCGUGUUGCUAUGGUUUACGAGGCUGCUGGUCAGUUGUUUUAUCAUUAGAUAUUAUUACAUAAAUGGCUGUUUGCAGUGCAAUAAUUCUGUUCAAUAAAAACAUAGCACACGUAAACAUAUGUGACAUCUUUUACAGUCAAACUAUGUCAUGC